GCUCCUCUUCGCUUAUCAUAACCGGCUAGCUUAAUAAAUCUUCGUCUUUUUUUUUUAUUAUAUCAAAUUGUCUCCGUAAUACAAACUCUCCUUUUCAAGCUAAGUGUUAGUUAUGCUACUUAGCCUGUCAGCUAGGUGGUUAUUCGUGUUUUGGCACCACUUGAAGAAAUUAGCUUGCUAAACCCUGUGUUAGAAUUUAACUAUCAGACUAGAUUAGUUCGGUAAUGACUAACUAGUUUGAGGUUCAUAGCGAAAAGGCGAUAGAUAGACCGAGGGCAAAAAAAAAAUCUUUACAGAAUGACUUGAAAGGACUGUAUAAGCCUAGCAAGCUAGCGUCAGUAAAAGAAACGAGAAUGGGAAAUAAAAACAUUGACAUUGUUCAAGUUUAAUUUCGCGUUAUGUUUUCUCGUUGUUAUGACUAGCUAUGGGAGUUAGCAAGGAGAGUUGUUCAGGUUAGCAUGGGGCUAGCGAGAUAACCUUUUAAACAAUCUGGGAAAAGGUGUGUUGAUAAAUACUAGCUGUCUUGGUAUUUAACCGCCACGUUUUUAUCUUUUGGGGACCGUGUAAAUGACUCCUACUACAGUCGAGUCUUUUGGUUGGCGUAGGUUGGAUGUUUACAGAGGGUGCAGCAGCGCCUUUGACCGUUUUGGGCUUUGACAUUUAGAGACAUUGCGGUCAGAUCAGUGGCCUUGUGGGAGAUCCGUGGGAGUCUGUGGCACAAAUUGAAAUUGUUUAGAGAUGAAGAUCGAGCUUAAACAACACGGCGCUGAUCAAAUACAGUGUAAAUACAGCUCAGGUCUCAGAGGCAACCUCUAACAAUGGGAUUUCAGGAGUACUGAAGAGAUUCUGACAAAAGGAAAGAGAAAAGGGAAAGCAGCGAGAACAAAAGAAGAGGCUUGCCGGGUAGCUGGGGGCACUUCUUAAAUAAAAAAAAAUAAAAUAAAACAAGAAAAGGAUCAGUUCUUUGGGGCUCUGUAGGGGGUGUGCAUGCUGCCCCCUCAACUGGACAUUGUUCUUUGUGCCAGAGUGAGACAACAAAAGCAAGUAUGCGCAAUAAACUGAGCAAGUUCCGGGACGCAGGCUGCUGGCGCAUACUGAGGCUGGGGAGCAGGACUAUAGCGCUGCUCCUGCUGACAGUCAUGCUGCCGGCGGAAGCUCAGGCUUCAUCACCCCAGGGAACCUUGGAGGUGCUUGGGGACAUGGCACAGCUGGAGGCCUCCAUGCACUCAGCAGUGCUCUCUGACCUCCAGGAGGCGCAAGCAGUGGUGUCUGCAGUGGCGCAACCAAGCGGCUUCCCAGAUUCCUCUGCGGUAGUAGGAAGGAUGUUCCAGAUGCAGAUCCCCACAAAAGCCAAGGAUUCUGGGAGCAUAGUGAAGAUUACAGAGGCAGGCAAAGAUACACUACCAUCAUGGUUGCACUGGGAACCAAUGAGCAGCACCCUUCAGGGACUUCCUUUGGAGGUUGACAAGGGUGUCCACUACAUAUCUGUCUCUAUUGCCAAUGCAAGCCAUGCGUCCCAGAGUCCUGAUGUAUUUUCCAUUGAGGUUCAUCCAGAGGAACAUGCUGACACAGACCCUAUUCAGUUAGCAAUCCAGUUAACUGACAAUGAUUCUCAGCAUUUCGUCUGUGGCAACGAAGACCCUGUUACUGUGCUUACAGUAAUUUUGGAUGCAGACCUUACUAAGAUGAGCUCCAAACAGAGAGUGGAGCUUUUGGCUAGCAUGAAAAAAUUCUCGGGCGUAGGGCUCCAGCAUAUGAAGGUUUUGCCCGUUGUCAACAAUCGCUUGUUUGAUAUGUCUGCUUUUAUGGCUGGGCCAGGAAAUGCCAAAAAGGUUGUAGAAAAUGGUGCUUUAUUGUCUUGGAAACUUGGUUGUGCCCUGGAUCAAAGCAACAUUCCCAACAUCAAUAGUGUUCAAGUUCCAGCAAAGGAAGGGACAAUGUCAGCACAUUUGGGAUAUCCAGUGGUGGGAUGGUACAUUGCUAACAAAAAGCCACAUAUACCUAAACGAGUACGGCGGCAGCUUAAUACCCCUACCCCUGUGCCCUCCUUGCUUCCUCCAUCAACAUACCCUGAGCCAUCGAGCCGAAUUGUGCCCACACCAACAUCCCGAUCAAUUGGACCAACUUCAGACAGUUCCUCACAACCUGUGCGGGGCCCUGUACCACUGCCUGUGAAACCCACUAUUCGCCCCAAGGAUUCAAUUGCUCAUACUCCCACAUUAGGACCCCCUCAGCCCACAAAAAUUAUGGACACUACCAGCAGUAUUGCAAUACAGCCCACCAUGACCAGGCCACUGUAUGUUGGGCCUUCUGUAACACCACCAACACCAACCACCAAGAAACCAACAAAAAGGCCCAAGAAACCCAAGACCACCCCAAUACCGAAGGAACCUAAGACAACCACAGCCAAGCCACCCCGACGUACCACCCCCUCAGUUGUUUUACAUGAUGGCAAUACAAGACCAGAGCUGCGCAACCCAAUUGAUCAAGUUAAGUCAUUCAUUGGCACGUACUUUGAGGUGAAAAUCCCAUCUGACACAUUCUUUGAUCGAGAAGAUGGUACAACUGACAAGUUAAGAUUAACGCUGAGGAAAAACAGUGAUGUUGUUGGAGAAGACUCCUGGAUUCAGUUCAAUAGCACUAGCCAGUUGCUUUAUGGAUUACCAGACUGGCAGCAUGAGGGCAAACAUGAAUACUUUAUGCAGGCAACUGACAAAGGUGGUCUCUACACAACAGAUGCCUUUGAGGUCCGUGUUAAUCGCUUUGGAAACAAUGUUAAGUCCCCAGUCCUGUUUGCUGCUCGAUUUGAAGGGGAUCCUCGUUCGGUUACCAAUGAUAUCCAUAAGAAGAUCCUUCUUGUCAAGAAAUUGGCCUAUUCAUUUGGUGAUCGCAAUUCCAGUUCAAUUACACUGAAGAAUAUUACUAAGGGAUCCAUUGUAAUAGAGUGGACCAACAGCAGCCUCCAACAACACCCGUGUCCCAAGGAGCAAAUUCAGGCCAUGAGUCGAAGGAUCUCUGAUGCUGAAGGCAAACCUUCGCCAGUAUUCAACAAUGCCAUGGAACCAGACUUCAGACCCAUAAAUAUCACUAUCAAAGGAACGGGUAGCUGUCGCAACUACAUGUUUGUUCCGCCAGCUGAGAUCCCAGACCCCAUUCCGCCUGCUGUUACACCAGCUGUAGGAGCAGGACGACAGAGCAACGAUGACGUAUAUCUUCACACUGUCAUACCAGCUGUGGUGGUUGCAGCAAUCCUGUUGAUUGCAGGCAUCAUUGCUAUGAUUUGCUAUCGCAAGAAGCGUAAGGGGAAGCUUACUAUUGAAGACCAAGCAACCUUCAUUAAAAAAGGAGUUCCCAUCAUUUUUGCUGAUGAACUCGAUGACUCUAAGCCACCUCCAUCAUCUAGCAUGCCUCUUAUCCUCCAAGAGGAAAAACCUCCUCUCCCACCACCCGAGUAUCCCAAUAUGGCCAGUCCAGAGACCACACCUCUGAACCAAGACAUUUUGGGAGAGUAUUCAGGCCUACAGGAUGAGGACCCCAAUGCCCCUCCCUACCAGCCUCCACCCCCCUUCUCUGCUCCCAUGGAAGGUAAAGGGUCCCGCCCGAAGAACAUGACCCCCUACAGAUCACCACCCCCCUAUGUGCCACCCUAAUGUUUAUAGAUCCCUCCAGUGUGGAGGACAGGGAACUUGUCCAGUUCCAAAACCAGUGUUGUCUCUGCAUUUUUUGGAAAUCGGAGGGGCAUUACAAUUUGAGACAUUGGAUUGGGAGGGUUGGGAUGAUUUUGGUAAAACUGGACUCUUUUGGAGUGGUGAUGGUGGGGGUGUAAUUAUAUAAUCCUCAAAGACAGCAACACCAACCUCAGCCUCUGGCUACUGCUGAUCAGUUGGAAGGUGCUCCCUCCGAUCCUAGCGCUUUUGUGUCUAGAUGGGCUUUUUUGUUUGUUUUCUCAUUUGUAUUUCUUUUCGACUUAUUUCAAAAUCAAACUACUUGCCUAACAGCACUGUUUUUAUCUUCUGAACUCUUUGAAUAAUACAUAAAGACAAUAAGUAAAGUGACUGCAGGUGCAAGUGUUUCAUAGUGACAUUCUACAAAUAAGAAGAAAAAAAAAUGAUCUAGAGGUACAGUUGUGCAGACAAUUAUGGGCUUGUUUGAUUCAAUAAGGUUUGCCUUUUAACAUUAAUUGUACUGUUUUUACCCUUAUUCACAUGUCUAGUAAAGAUGAUCAUCAUAAGAGGUAGCCAAAAACCUUGAGAGGGAUAUAAUCUUUUUUUUUGGUUUGUUUGUUUAAUCCACUGUAAACUUGAGGGAUGCUAGAUUUCUUUUUGAUUGUUUGUUUUCAUUUUUUUUUCUUUCUUUUUUUUGGGGGGGCAUCAAAGUAACACUGAAAAAAAAUAAAACCUUUUCGUAUCCCUACUUAAUGGAAAUGAGAUAUGCUAAGGAUAUGUUCUGGAUACAUGUUUGAGGAUGUGUGUGUUUGUCCUUAUAGAGAUUCAUGCCAGACUUAGACAUGGAGAUAUUAUUGUGCCAUUCUGAUGUUGAUUGAUUUUUUAUUUUUAUUUUUAAGUGCUCGAAACUCUGGCAUUAUUGGGUUUUAUGUCUGUCUUGGUUUAUAGUAAGGAUAUAUGGCAUGAUGUAGCUGCUGUCCUUUCAAGGAAACACAGAUGGGCAAAGUCCGAAUACCUACAUCUGGCAGCAGGCAUUUGCUACUCCUUUUCCCUUCUAGUACUCAUUGACAUGGUUUUGAUUAAAUGAUUUGAAAGACUCGCAGUCUAGCUUAAAUUUUUCAAAUGAUUUGAUCCUGUUAUCUGGUUUGUUCUUUUUCUCUUUUUUUUCCUUUUUUUUUUUUUUUUUUUUACUUUUCAAUAAUGAUUAUCGAGUGUAUGCCUUGACUCAAAAUAACUGAAAAUAAAGACUGAAUAUUUUAAUAAAGAA